AUGGACAUCAUGUCUGAGCUUUAUGGAACAGGAAAAGCAGUUCCUUAUGACACGAAGACAAUAAGUAACUACAUGGCAAGUAUAGAUGAGAAGCAAAAUGUGAAAGACAUACCAGAGCUUCUUAGUUACUUUGAGGAACUGAAGAAAGAAGAUCCAAAUUUCUUCUACAAAUACAAACUUGAUAGUGAGGACAGGAUUGAAAAUAUAUUUUGGGUCGAUGGACCCACUAGAGAAGUUUACAAGAAUUAUAAUGACUGCAUAUCCUUUGACACUACAUACAUGACAAACGCUUAUAAGAUGCCGUGUGCACCCAUUAUUGGAAUUAACAGAUAUGGGCAGACAAUCCAGUUGGGAUGUGGCUUCUUGAGGAAUGAGAAGAUAAGUAACUUUGUCUGGUUGUUUGAGCAGUUCCUGGAUGCUAUGGAUGGUUUACACCCUCUGAAUAUCAUCACUGACCAGGAUGCUGCUAUUACUACUGCCAUCCAGGAAAUGUUUCCUAACUCGUUCCAUAGGAACUGUCGGUGGCAUAUAAUGCAAAAUGCACAAGGAUCCCCUCUCGGCCCUUUCAUGGCGAAGCAUGAGGAACUACGAAGGGAGUUCAAUGAAAUUGUUGACUAUAGCCUGACACCUGUCGAGUUUGAGAACCGAUGGGGAGAGAUGAUUGAGAGGCAUGGUGUAUCAGACAACACAGACCUUGCUUACCUAUAUGAAAUUAGAGCUAAAUUUGUCCCAGCUUACUUUAUGGAUAGGUUCUUCCCUUUCCUACAAACUACUGCUCGCAGUGAAGGGUUCAAUGCAGUUCUGAAGAGAUAUGUUGACCCAAAUGCAAGCCUGCUACGUUUCUUCAAACAAUACAUGAAGUUACAAGAGAGGAUAGAUAUUACUGAAGAUUCACAUGAAUUUAUGGGUGAGGACAAAACUCUAAAAACUUGGUGUGACUUUCCAAUGGAGGAGCAAGUACUAUCCAUAUACACACUACCCAUAUUCAGGCGAUUUCAACUUGAGUUGAAGAAAUUUACAUCCUACAACAUACAGCAAAUUAAUCCUUCAUUGUUUGAGGUUUCUCUAAUCAGAAAUGCAGUGUUUGGUUAUGGAGCAAGGAAUUACAGGAUAACUGCAAAUCUGGAGCAAGAUGAAUACAGUUGUGAAUGCUGCAAAUUUACUAGAGAUGGGUUGAUUUAUUGCCAUAUAAUAAAGGUUAUGUCUGCUGUUGGUAAAGUAGAAGUAAUGCCAGAACGUUACAUUCUACCUGGGUGGUCAAUUCCCCCUCCAGACAUACGUAUUCCUCAGACUGAACCCCAGCAGAUGCCAGCGGGCAAAUUGUCUAGGAAGGAAAUGAGGUUACUUCGCUAUGGUAACCUCACUAAAGAUUUCGCAAAACUAGCAGUUAAUGCAUGUGCUUCAGAAAAAACAGAUGAAGUGGCUAGGAAACAUAUGCGUGCAAUGAAAGCUGAAUUUGCAGCAAUGAAGAAACAAGCGGCAGAUGCAUUGAAGAGAAAAAAGAAGCAGAAGGAAACAGUUUCUCCAUGUGCAGAACAUGCUGAAACUACAGAAAAUCUUAGCAGCUCAACUGUUGGUGCUGAACAUAAUAUGCAUGUAAACAAGAAAGCUAGGGAUCCACCUUUGACAGUAACAAAAGGGAGGCCAGAGGAGAAGAGGAAGAAGAGUGGACUACAUCUUAAACCUGCAAAACCAACAAAAUGUACAAUUUGUGGGUCAAGCUUGCAUAAUCCAAAAGAUUGUCCAUCUAAGAUUGCAAUGAAAGAGAAGACACCAAUUAUUCAGCUUUUCCAAUGA